CUCUCUUCCCUCCGACUUCAACCCACCAUCUCGUGAGUCAUCACCCUGUCCCUUCCCCUCCUUUUCCUGUCAUAAACUUGUCUUACCGAAGGUGACGGAGACCGAACAAUCCACCCCACCUAGUCCCAUCACCAUGGCCGAUAACGCUGUCAAGGAGGCCGAGGCCUCCAUGGCCAACCUCAUCCUCGACGAGGUCACCGGAGAGAAGGUCUCCAAGUCCGAGUUGAAGAGACGCCAGAAGAACCGUGAGAAGGAGGCCAAGAAGAAGGAGAAGGAGGCCGCUGCUCCUCCCAAGCCCGUGAAGAAGACCUCGGCCGAGGAUGACGAGGCCAACCUCACCCCCAACCAAUACUUCGAGAUCCGCAGCAAGCGCAUCAACAAGCUUCGCGAGACUAAGCAGCCCGAUCCCUACCCCCACAAGUUCCAGGUCACCGAUGACCUGCGCAAGUUGCUCAAGGAGCACGAGGGCCUCGCCAAGGGCGAGCAGAAGCCCGACGUUCCCGUCCGCAUCGCCGGUCGUAUCUACACCAAGCGUGCUUCCGGUGCCAAGCUGAUCUUCUACGAUAUCCGUGCGGAGGGCGCCAAGGUGCAGGUCGUGUGCCAGGCUCAGCACUCCAACGGCAGCGUCCCCUUCGAGGACCAGCAUGAGCACCUCCGCCGUGGUGACAUUGUCGGUAUCGUUGGUUUCCCCGGCCGUACCAGUCCCAAGAACCGUGCCGACGGUGAGCUUUCCAUCUUCGCCACCGAGGUGGUCCUGCUCUCUCCCUGCUUGCACGCCAUCCCGUCCGAGCACUUCGGUCUGCAGGACAAGGAGCAGCGUUUCCGCCAGCGUUACCUGGACUUGAUCAUGAACGACAAGUCCCGCAAUGUCUUCGUCACCCGCUCCAAGAUCGUCACCUACAUCCGCAACUACUUCGAUACCCGCGACUUCAUCGAGGUGGAGACCCCCAUGAUGAACGCUAUUGCCGGUGGUGCCACCGCCAAGCCCUUCGUCACCCACCACAACGAGCUCGACAUGAACCUGUUCAUGCGUAUCGCUCCCGAGCUGUACCUGAAGAUGCUGAUCGUCGGUGGUCUCGAGCGUGUGUACGAGCUGGGUCGUCAGUUCCGUAACGAGGGCAUUGACUUGACUCACAACCCCGAAUUCACCACUUGCGAGAUGUACUGGGCCUACGCCGAUGUCUACGAUGUCAUGAACCUGACUGAGGACCUCGUUUCCGGCCUCGUCAAGCACAUCACCGGUGGCUACGAGACCACCUUCCACACCCAGACCGGUGAGACCUACAACGUCAACUGGAAGGCCCCCUGGCGCCGCGUGGAGAUGAUCCCCGCCCUCGAGGAGGCCACUGGCGAGACCUUCCCUCCGGGUGACCAGCUCCACACCGCCGAGACCAACGAGUUCCUCAAGCGCGUGCUCAAGAAGACCGGCGUUGAGUGCUCUCCCCCGAUGACCAACGCCCGUAUGCUCGACAAGCUGGUCGGCGAGUUCAUCGAGGAGACCUGCGUCAACCCCACCUUCAUCACCGGCCACCCCCAGAUGAUGUCCCCUCUGGCCAAGUACCACCGCCAGAACGUCGGUCUGUGCGAGCGUUUCGAGGCCUUCGUCUGCAAGAAGGAGAUUGUCAACGCCUACACCGAGUUGAACGAUCCCUUCGACCAGCGCCUGCGUUUCGAGGAGCAGGCUCGCCAGAAAGACCAGGGUGACGACGAGGCCCAGAUCAUCGACGAGAACUUCUGUACCAGCUUGGAGUACGGUCUGCCACCGACCGGUGGUUGGGGUAUGGGUAUUGACCGCUUGGUCAUGUUCCUGACGGACAACUACAGCAUCAAGGAGGUGUUGGCCUUCCCCUUCAUGAAGGAGGACAAGACGGCUCAGGAGACCAAGACCGCCGCCGAGGUGGUUGGCAUUGAGCCCCAGCCCGAGGAGGGCAUUCCCCACAAAUAAACGUGACGAACCGAUUAGAUGAUAGUUUUUGUGAUGACUAGUGCAUGGUUUCGACAAUGAAGAAAUGCAUAAAAUGAAAUAGAUGACAGCGAUGCUCCAUGAGUAGUUGUCUUGCAGUACGUAGUUCGCAGCGUGAAAGGAUUGUCAAGUCGACGGGACAUGAAUGUGUCCUGACGUAAAAAUUGUCCGGCUUUCAAUCUAACGCAAGUACAACUGGAGCGACAGAUUCAAAC